UUUUAAACAUUAUGUAAUGUUCUAUUUCUAACCUCAAUGUUUCCCGUUUCGGUUCGAGCCACUCACAAUACAGAUAGUAUUUUAAUUGCGAAUCGGUUUCGCCCAUAUCUUAUCGUCAACUGCCAUCAGAUAAACGAUAAAUUUUAUGUACUAUCUUCGCGGAUGAGAGCUCAGUAUCAUUCAAACUGCAGGAAGACUCACUAUGGUUGACCUAAUCACUACAUGCAUUGCAUAUUACACUGAAGCCUUACAGCCUUACAUGAUCUUCUAUUUACGCAAUAUUAUCUUUCAAUGCAAGCUGUAGCUUUGACCAAUGUUAGGGUGAAUAGUAUAGGUAAAUGUAGUGAGUGAAAAGUGUAUUGCAUGAUCCUAACGCGUUGAUUGUUCGUUUGAAGUUACUGCCCUGUAUUGUGAUACAAGUCGAGGCAUAAUGUUGGAUUACACUAAUGAGUUAGAAUUGCAAAAAGAAGCAGACGAAGUGGAACAACUUGCUAUGACUUCCUUAGGAAGACUAAUAUUUGUAGAUUUACAUUGUAGACAUUCAAACUCUUUAUCUUCAGAUAAACCAUCUGUAGAUGUUGUUGAUUCCUUAUCACUUGCUUUUGAAAACCUUUUUUAUAUGCCAUUUGACAUUAUUGAAAAUUAUAGUAAUACUCUCCACACACUGGAUAUUAGUCAUAAUAAGUUUAGUAGAAAUUUACAAUUUUUGGCAGAAUUUGAAAAUUUAACAUCUUUAAACCUAGACCAUAAUAAUAUAGAUGAUCACACAGUUUUUCCACAUAUGCCAAAACUUCAGCUUCUGUGGUUAAAUCAUAAUAAUAUAGAAGAAUUGUAUCCAUUUAUUAAGAAUCUCUAUGAGAGUCUACCCAACCUCAGAUAUUUGUGCCUUAUGGGAAACAAGGCAGCACCAAGUUAUUUAAAUGGUGGUACCUUUUAUGAUUAUCUUCAGUACAGGUUAUACGUCAUAUCUUGGUUCCCUCAUUUGGUACAUCUGGAUGAUAGAGCUGUGACUCCAGAACAACGACAGGAGGCAAAAAGGCUUUUCAAGCGACCACUGUUAGAGAAUCUAACUGAAAAUGCUCCUCUUCCAGAAUGCAUUAGACAUCUACACAACAAAAUUGCAAAUAUAUUUUCAAAACCUACACUGCCUUGUAAGUUGAAAGCAAGAGGAACAAAUACACAGAAGCAACCACAUAGGGCAGUAACAAAACAAGUGUAUUGUAUAAUUUAAUACAGUAUAGAAGAAAUUGCAUACAUAUAUUUAUCUUUUUCAUACUUGGAACUAACUAAUAUGAUUGGCUUGUUUACAUAGAAAAAAAUGAUUUUACAAUGCAUACGAACUCAACAAGAAUGUAUUUAAUUAUACAAUAAUUGUUAUUAAUUAAUAGAACUUAACUACUAUUCAGGAAUUACAUACGUUUAAUUUUGCAAUAACUUUUUGUAAAUGUUAUGUUACGUACUUCUACAACGCAUGUACUUGUUGUAUUUUAUCAGAAAUAUUUUAUACCAAUGCCUAUAACGAAUAAAAAUAAAAGUCUUUAUUACGAAACUAUA